AUGCCUACUAUCACCGUCGAUAAGACCGCUCUCUUCAACGAGCUGGGCAGAAAGUAUUCAACAGAGGAGUUCGACGAACUAUGCUUCGAGUUUGGCCUUGAACUUGACGAAGAUACCGAGAACUCCGAAAGACCAUUCGUAAACGGCAAGCAAGAAGCCCCGCAACUGAAGAUUGAGGUCCCCGCCAAUCGAUAUGAUCUCAUGUGCAUUGAAGGCAUUGCACUCAUGCUAAAUAUCUUUCGGGGCCGAGCUACCUUGCCUAAAUACCGUCUCGUUACGCCUCCUAAUGGCGAACUUGAACAAAUUAUCGUGAAAGAGGAGACGAUGAAAGUGCGGCCCUAUAUUUCAGGCGCCAUCCUUCGCAAUAUCCGCUUCGAUCAAGCCCGAUAUGACUCCUUCAUCGCCCUUCAGGACAAGUUGCACCAGAAUCUUGCCCGUCAGAGAACGUUGAUAUCUGUUGGAACGCAUGACUUGGAUACAAUUAAAGGACCGUUCACUUAUGAAGCUGUGCCUCCAAAGGAUGUCAGCUUCAUACCUUUGAAUCAGACGAGGAAGAUGAACGGGGAGGAGCUGAUGGAGUUUUAUGAAAAAGAUAAACAUCUCGGAAAAUAUCUGCACAUUAUCCGGGACUCUCCAGUGUACCCUGUUGUUUACGAUGCAGACCACGUUGUCUGUUCCCUCCCACCAAUCAUCAACAGCGACCACUCGAAAAUCACUUUAAACACAAAAAAUGUUUUCCUCGAGUACACUGCGCUUGAUAAAACAAAGGUUGAAAUCGUAAACAAUAUCCUAGUUGCUAUGUUCUCUCAGUAUACCUCUGAGCCUUUUACGGUUGAACCCGUGAGAAUAGUAUCAGAGCACAACGGCGAAACUCGCGAGACCCCCAAUCUAAACCCCCGCCACACCCAAGCCAGUAUAUCCUAUAUUAACCAAUGCUGCGGCUUAUCCCUAUCCACCACUGAAAUCUGCAACCUCCUGAAACGAAUGGCAUACUUUGCUGAGCCAUCCAAAACAUCACCAGACCUUAUCGACCUUGAGGUUCCUGUGACCCGUGCUGACGUCCUCCACCAAGCUGAUAUUAUGGAAGACGUGGCCAUCGCCUACGGCUUUAACGAGUUACCCCGAUACUUUCCCAGCAAAUCGGGCACGAUCGCACAACCCCUCCCCGUCAACAAGCUCACCGAUAUCAUCAGAACAGAAGCCGCAAUGGCUGGUUGGUCUGAAGUCAUGCCACUAAUCCUGUGUUCGCAUGACGAGAACUUCGCCUGGUUGAACCGCAAGGACGACGGGAACACUGCAGUUAAACUUGCAAACCCGAAGACGGUCGAGUUUCAAGUCGUUCGCACGAGCCUGUUACCAGGUCUUUUGAAAACUAUCAGUGAAAACAAACACCAUGCUAUCCCUAUGAAGAUCUUUGAAGUCAGCGAUGUCGUGUUCAAAGACCUAUCCCUUGAACGCAAGAGUAGGAACGUGAGACAUUUCGCUGCAGCUUGGUAUGGGAAGACGAGUGGGUUUGAAGUUGUGCAUGGUCUGCUUGAUAGAGUUAUGGCGAUGCUCAAAACUGCGUUCAUAAUCGGCGAGGAAGGUCUUAAUAAUCCUGCGAUGAGCUAUGCGACAUACUGGAUAGAGGAAUUGGAAGAUCCUACAUAUUUCCCCGGACAUGCUGCUUCCAUACACGUCCGAAUUUACGGGAAGGAUCACGUGAUUGGAUCCUUCGGUAUCUUGCAUCCAACAGUGCUUGAAAACUUUGAGUUGAAGUAUCCCGUCAGCACGUUGGAGAUUAAUAUUGAGGCUUUCCUAUAA